CUCGCGAGGUGCUUGACAUCAAUGAACUGACCACACUCUUGUCCUUUACGUCUUGUUUUCGUUCUUUUUCUGGCCAUCAUGGCCGUUAGUACUGCCUUGGAUCCUUUCCUUCGUGGAAGCAUGAGUAAAAAUACGAGGGGCCUACUUCGAAUCAUCAUACUCCUCACUAUUGCGGGUGCCGCAGUGUCCGCUCGUCUAUUCAGUGUUAUACGGUUUGAGAGUAUAAUUCACGAAUUCGAUCCCUGGUUCAACUUUCGUGCGACGAAAUAUCUGGUAGCCAAUGGUUUCUACAAGUUCUGGGAUUGGUUUGAUGAUCGUGGGUAAAGAUCGAAUGCUUGAAGAGCUUGGUGUAUUGACAGAACGCAGGAACAUGGCAUCCCCUCGGUCGAGUUACAGGAGGCACCCUAUACCCUGGUCUCAUGGUAACUUCUGGUGUCAUCUAUCACCUCCUUCGUCUCUUGUCAAUUCCCGUCGAUAUUCGGAACAUCUGUGUCCUGCUGGCGCCUGGGUUCUCCGGUUUCACAGCUCUGGCAAUGUAUCUCUUGACGUCUGAGAUGUCCUCUUCCCCGUCUGCAGGGCUUUUGGCUGCAGCAUUCAUGGGCAUCAGUCCUGGCUACAUCUCGAGAUCUGUUGCUGGCAGCUACGACAAUGAAGCUAUAGCCAUCUUCCUCUUGGUCUUCACCUUUUUUCUCUGGAUCAAAGCCGUCAAGAAUGGUUCAAUCAUGUGGGGAGCAUUGGCUGCUCUUUUCUAUGGAUACAUGGUGUCAGCGUGGGGCGGAUACGUCUUCAUCACGAACCUGAUACCUCUGCAUGCUUUUACCCUGAUUCUGAUGGGACGUUACAGUUCAAGAUUGUACAUCAGCUAUACAACUUGGUACGCUCUUGGAACGUUGGCCAGCAUGCAAGUGCCCUUCGUCGGGUUCUUGCCUAUCAGAAGCAGUGACCAUAUGGCGGCCUUGGGAAUUUUUGGUCUUCUGCAGCUUGUCGCAUUCUUCAACUUUCUCCGGGACCAGCUUCCUGGAAAGCAAUUCCAGACCCUCCUUGUCGCGCUAGGCGGAGCAAUUUUCGGAAUCAUGUUUGUCGGCUUGAUUGCAUUGACCCUUUCGGGCACUAUUGCACCUUGGAGUGGACGAUUCUACUCCCUGUGGGACACCGGUUACGCUAAGAUCCACAUUCCUAUCAUUGCAUCGGUGUCGGAGCAUCAACCUACAGCUUGGCCGGCCUUCUUUUUUGAUCUCAAUAUGCUCAUCUGGCUAUUUCCCGCAGGUGUUUACAUGUGCUUCCGCAAUCUCAAGGAUGAGCAUGUAUUCGUUGUUCUUUACGCUGUCCUGGCGAGCUACUUCGCUGGUGUGAUGGUCCGUUUGAUGCUCACCCUGACACCCGUUGUUUGCUGCGCUGCGGCUCUCGCCAUCUCACACAUCCUCGACACUUAUCUUUACAUCCCAAGUCCCGUGGAUGAGUCCAAUGAACCCAGCAAUGGCUCUGUGAAGGGCAGCAAGAUCAGCGCCAACCCAUCAUUACGGUCGAUCCGGAACCCCUUGAUCGGAAUUUACUCACUCGCCUCAAAAUCUCUCAUUACAUCGAUGUUCACGGGAUUCCUCCUUCUCUUCGUUGCUCAUUGCACCUGGGUUACAUCGAAUGCUUAUUCUUCUCCUUCUGUUGUCUUGGCUUCAAGGCUGCCAGAUGGAUCCCAGCAUAUCAUCGAUGAUUAUAGAGAAGCAUACUAUUGGCUUCGACAGAAUACUCCCAAGGAUGCAAAGAUCAUGUCAUGGUGGGAUUAUGGUUAUCAAAUUGGAGGAAUGGCCGACCGUCCGACAUUAGUUGAUAAUAAUACGUGGAACAAUACUCAUAUCGCCACUGUGGGCAAGGCGAUGAGUUCGAGAGAAGAAGUCAGUUAUCCUAUUCUCCGCCAGCACGAUGUCGACUAUGUCUUGGUUGUCUUUGGUGGUCUGCUUGGUUACAGCGGAGAUGAUAUCAACAAAUUCCUCUGGAUGGUCAGAAUUGCGGAAGGUAUCUGGCCGGAAGAAGUGAGGGAACGUGACUUUUUUACUGCGAGGGGUGAAUACAGGGUCGACGAUGAGGCAACUCCAACCAUGAGAAAUUCACUCAUGUACAAGAUGUCUUACUACAACUACAACCAGCUUUUCCCUGCUGGCCAAGCUCAAGAUCGCGUCAGAGGGUCACCUUUACCUGCACAAGGUCCGGAGUUAAGCACCUUGGAAGAGGCAUUUACCAGUGAGAACUGGAUUAUUCGCAUUUACAAGGUCAAGGACUUGGACAAUGUCGGGCGUGACCACCAAAGUGCGGUUGCCUUUGACAAGGGCCACAAGAAGAAGAGAAAGGCCGGAUCCAAGAAAGGUGUAAGAGUGUUGAGGGAAGAUUAAAAGCAAUGAGAUCAGAUUAUGGUCUAUCAAGAAAAAAAUGGUUCUACAGCUAGGAAGUUCUUCCUACACUAAUAGCUUCUGGUGCCAUGUUAUGAAUAUUAGACAUACGGAGAAAUGAUUCUCCAAAAGUUGGGCAAUUCUAUGUACAAGUUAUAUACCGAUCAUAUCGGGAAAAGAGAUAGGACAAUUGUGAACAGUCAUCUAUAAAGCG